UGAAAAUGAGAGAGAGAGAGAGAGAGACUGCAUCCGCACUGCGGGGAUAACUCGGUUUCGACACCGCUCUAACUGCUGCUGCUGCUGCUGCUGAGAUGGGAACCUGGGGGCUCUUGGUUGGCAAAGCGAGACACAGCUAGCCUUGAGUCCCUAUGUCCAGUGUGGCUUCCUUAAGCCAGACGUAUUGCUGAUAGAAUGAAAAAGUUCAAGCGGAGACUUUCUCUAACAUUGCGUGGGAGCCAGACUAUUGAUGAGUCACUUUCAGAACUUGCCGAACAAAUGACAAUUGAAGAAAACAGCAGCAAAGAUAACGAGCCUAUCGUGAAGAAUGGCAGACCUCCGACAUCUCAUAGUAUGCACUCGUUCCUUCACCAGUACACAGGAUCCUUCAAAAAGCCUCCACUACGAAGACCCCACAGUGUUAUUGGUGGCAGCCUUGGCUCUUUCAUGGCAAUGCCGAGAAAUGGGAGCAGAUUAGAUAUUGUACAUGAAAAUCUGAAAAUGGGAUCAGAUGGUGAAAGCGAUCAAGCUUCUGGAACGUCAUCUGAUGAAGUCCAAUCCCCUACAGGUGUUUGCCUCAGAAACCGGAUACACCGACGGAUUUCUAUGGAGGACCUGAACAAACGUUUGUCACUGCCUGCAGACAUCAGAAUACCUGAUGGAUAUCUUGAAAAGCUGCAGAUAAAUAGUCCACCAUUUGACCAACCAAUGAGUCGGCGAUCUCGUAGAGCAUCACUGUCUGAAAUUGGAUUCGGAAAAAUGGAAACUUACAUCAAAUUGGAAAAGCUUGGUGAGGGCACCUAUGCAACAGUAUAUAAAGGAAGAAGCAAGCUGACAGAAAACCUGGUAGCUUUAAAAGAAAUCAGGUUAGAACAUGAAGAAGGGGCACCAUGCACAGCCAUUAGAGAAGUGUCAUUGUUAAAAGAUCUAAAACAUGCAAAUAUUGUAACGUUACAUGAUAUUGUCCAUACAGACAAAUCAUUAACUCUGGUCUUUGAAUAUCUGGACAAAGAUCUAAAGCAGUAUAUGGAUGACUGUGGGAACAUCAUGAGUAUGCACAAUGUGAAGUUAUUUUUAUACCAGAUUCUGCGUGGUUUGGCAUACUGUCACCGAAGAAAAGUGCUGCACCGAGACCUAAAGCCACAAAAUCUACUAAUUAAUGAAAGAGGAGAAUUAAAACUAGCAGACUUUGGUUUGGCUAGAGCAAAAUCUGUUCCAACAAAGACCUACUCCAAUGAAGUUGUCACAUUAUGGUAUCGUCCACCUGAUGUUCUCCUGGGAUCAUCAGAAUAUUCAACACAGAUUGACAUGUGGGGAGUUGGAUGUAUAUUUUUUGAAAUGGCAUCUGGAAGACCUCUCUUUCCUGGGUCAACUGUUGAAGAUGAAUUGCACUUAAUUUUCAGACUUUUGGGAACUCCGUCACAAGAAACAUGGCCAGGCAUUAGUUCCAGUGAUGAGUUUAGGAACUACAACUUUCCAAAAUACAAGCCACAGCCGUUAAUCAACCAUGCUCCAAGGCUUGACGCAGAAGGAAUUGAACUGAUAGUAAAAUUUCUUCAGUAUGAAUCAAAGAAGAGAAUUUCAGCCGAAGAAGCUAUGAAACAUGCAUAUUUUAGAAGUCUUGGAACAAGGGUGCAUAGUCUGCCAGAAAGUGUAUCGAUAUUCACUUUGAAAGAGAUUCAAUUGCAGAAAGACCCUGGCUUUCGAAAUUCUGCUUAUCCAGAGACAGGACAUGGGAAGAACAGAAGGCAAAGCAUGCUUUUCUGAAACCUGGCCAUACAGGUUGAAGUCCAAGGCUGGUUUUCAUCCAUCAAGAACUGUAGUCGGAAGGCAAUUCCUCCCUUGGUGGACUUGAAAUCUGUUUGUCUACACUGUCCUCCUCACAGUGCAGUCUUUUUAUUUCAGACCUGCUGGUUACGUUUUUAUAUUUGUUGUCACAGUGUGACAAAUUUUUGUACAGUCAAUUUUAAGGUCUCCUCUGCCAUUAGAGCCAGUAGGUUACAACGGUUAAUGUAACAGUAGCUGCAAUUUUUGUGCAGGACUGAGAAACACAGUGCAUUAUUUAUUGCGGAAUCAUUGCUGCUAAAUAACUACUGUCUGUAUAGUUAACAAAACAAGUGAAUGCCUGCAGAAGUUGCAGUGGCUUUAUAUAAUAUGUGAAUGCCUCUGUUUCUCUUCAUGAAUUAUUGCUGCAGUUUUAUAUCUUCUUAAUUUUUUUUUAACUGCAAUGUUUCUUGGAAUGUAAAAAAAAAUAGCUUUCUUUGACUGUUAAAUAGGUAAAUUCGUCUUUAACACUCUUUAAGUUCUUGGCCCGUAAACUUCUUAUUUAACAAUAGAUGCAAAGUAAUUAAAAUAUUACUGAAUACAUUUUUAAAGCACUUAGUCCAGAGGUGUUGAUUUAAAGGGGUGAAAAAUGGUUCCUCCAUCACAUGCAAUCAGGAUCCCAUGUUAUUGAGGAUUGGCUUAUACAUUUUGUCAAGCUUUGCUCCCAUGGAGGAAAUGUAUGCAUGUGACUCCGAAUGCAGCUACCUUCCCUGUGUACCCUUUUCCUAACCUAUAUACUUCCAAGAACAUUUUGUAUACAUUCUCUCCUGAGUUGUUUUGGAGAUGAGGUAUAUUUUCCUAAUGUUACAGUGACUAAAGAUAAACAGUAUGGGAGUGGUGCAUCCCAGCUUCCCAACCCAAUGCUUUCAUCGCUUAUUUUGUGAUUACAUAUUCACUGGAAAUCCACUGGAAGACUGCAAGUCCAUAGUAAAGAAGACAUCAUUCCAUAAUGCAGACUUUGUGAAGCAUGAGAACUUAGAGGGCUUUAAAGAUCUUAGAUGUUAUCUGUUUAUUGGAGCUAGUCAACAUGUUACUAAGCUUAUGCAUCUCAGUGAGUAUCAUAAGUACCUCCUGGUGAUAGUAACAGUAUUUUUAAGCAAUUGUGUUUACCUUUCUUGAAACUAUUUGUUUAGUGCAUCUUCAAGAGGCUGUAAAUCUUUAUUGGUAUAUUUUGAAAUGGUUAUGUAAAUCUUUGGCUGAUAUAUCAUGAAAAAUAGUCAUAGAUAACUUAAUUUUUUUCCUGAUGUUCACUGUUAAAACAUUCAGGGGUCCUACCAUUUCUGUUCAGGAAAUCUUGUAGUUUAUUAUUGUUAUUUAACAGUAUUAAGUGGGAAAAUGUAUGUUUCCUUUAACUUUAUUUGUGAAUAGUGAUUGUGGCAUGUUUGGGGAUGUUUUAUUAAUAUUUCAUACUACUAGUAAAUUGAAUUUGGGAACAUUUUUUUUUAAUUUUCUGAAAGAGAUGACAAAUUAGUGUGUAAUGGUGACAUUUGGACCACUGCUGCUUUUCAGCAUUUGUGAGCUGGUUUUACCAUAAAAGAAGCCCCACAGAACUUAAAAAAAAAACAAAAACUGCUGUUAUUUCUAACUGAUGGACCUGUAUUAAUAUUGUACUUUUCAAAGUAUAAAUAUUAUGGAAAUCUUCA